GCCCGGCGCGGCGGAAGCGGCGGCGGCGGCGCGGAGCGGCGGGGGACCCGGCGCGGCCACUGGCAGCGGUGGCACCAUGCAGCAGGAGGCAGAGGGCGGCCGGACGCGCCGCAGGAAGCCCGACAUGGCCCUCUACGUGCCCAAAGCACGGCGGGAGAGAGCGGCGCAAGCAGCAGGUGACACGCUGGCCGGGCACCGCCAGGAGCCCGAGAACCACCGCCUGGUGCAGGACACUUGCUGGGGCAGUGGUGAGGGGCAGAGGCAAAGCCCCCAUGCCAGGACACAGGCGGGCAGAGCGGUGAGAAGGGAAAUCAAGGUGGAUGCCGGCCCGAAGGAGCUGCGGGCAGCCUCUGCCAGGCGCUGCCGGAGUCUGGGAGGCAGCUGUUCCACCAUGCUGGAGCACCCAGGGGCAUCACCCAGCGUGCGGGAGCCGUGCCCGGAUCCGUCUGUUGCCCAGCCCUGUGAUGAGCAGGACAAAACAUCCCAUGAUGAAGGACUCGGGAAGCUCAACCGCGGCAGACAGAUGAUGAGGACCAAGCCUGACCCUCCAUCCCCACCAAGUGCCCAGCCUGCGGCCACGGAGGCUACCCAUGAGCCUGCGCAGGACCCUGCUGGCCCAGCGCCCCCUGCUAGCCCACUGCUGGCAUGUCGGACAGGGCCGAGCGGUGUGUUGGAGCAUUUGGGGGACAGCACCCCGGAUCCAGCCGGGGACCUCUCCCAGCACCCAGGAGAGGGUGUCCAGCAGCCGGCAGGGCUGGGCAACCGGGACACUGUGCCCCCGCUGGCAUGGGAGGUUGCGGGUCCGAAAGCCCAGGAGGAGGAGAGGGAGCAUGAAGGGUCUCUCCUGGCAGAGCAGAGCAAGAGCUGUGCCACUGGGGUGCCGGAGGAGGAGAGGUGGGGAGCCAUGGCUGAGCUUGCCAGGGAGAGCACCUUGGAUGCACCAGGAGGAGCCAGCUGCGAAGCCGGGUGCUCACGGGGUGGCGCGGGCGAUGCACUGGUGCUCCCAGGGGAGAGUCCCCCAGGGCAGGGCAUCGUCAGCCUGUCCCAGCUCUUGCCAGGCAUGGAGGAGAGCAGUGCCGGUGCUGGGCAUCCUGGUGGGGAGGGCGACCUGGUGCCUGCAGCGGAGGGAGCGGGCAGCACCUCUGCCUGCACAGAUGGCAGCGCUGGGGCUGAGAGCGGCCCUCUGGGUGCUGAUGAGAAGCUGGCAAGUGGUUCAUGGGAGGGGGCACCCCCAGAGAGAUGCGAGCCCCCAGUGCCCCUGGAGCUGCUGUGCCAUGGCGUGGAGGGGCUCUCGCCAGCGGCCUGGGCCGGGGAGCCGGUGGGGGUAGGGGAGGACGCGGGCUCAUUGCAGCAGCACCAGUGCGGCCAGGAGGAUGAGGAGGAAGAGGGAGGUCUCCGCAGCGGUUCCCCAAAGGCAGACCAGGCCAGUGCCGGGACCCCCAGCCAGGCCAGCCCCGGCGCCGAGGAGAGCUGGGACGCGCUGUUCAACGACGAUGGGGACUGCCUGGACCCACGCCUGCUGGAGGAGCUCUCGGGGGGUGAGAAGCGGCGUGAGAGCCGUCAGUCACCCCGAUUCGACUACUACGGGGCCGAGCCUGCUGCACCGGACCUCAGCGAUGACGAGCUGCCCCACGUCAUUGAGAUCUAUGAUUUCCCUUCGGAUUUCCGCACCGAGGACCUGCUGCGCGUCUUCUGCAGCUAUCAGAAAAAAGGCUUUGAUAUUAAGUGGGUGGACGAUACGCACGCCCUGGGCAUCUUCUCCAGCCCCAUAACAGCACGCGAUGCCCUCAGCACCAAGCACCUCAUGGUGAAGACUCGCCCGCUCUCUCAGGGCACCCGUGCCUCUAAAGCCAAAGCCAGGGCAUACGCUGACUACCUGCAGCCAGCCAAGGAGCGCCCCGAAACAUCGGCUGCCCUGGCCAGGCGGCUGGUGAUCGGCGCCCUGGGAGUACGCAGCAACCAGACGCCAGCCCAGCGAGAUGCUGAGCGGAAGAAGCUGCAAGAAGCCCGGGAGAGGAAACGCCUGGAGAACAAGCAGCGAGAGGAUGCCUGGGAGGGCCGGGACUGAGUCGGGAGGCUGCACCUUAUCCCUGCUGGAAAAACCUCCCUGGGGUGCCCAGGCCCCUCUCUGCGGGCAGGCAGGACACCCUGCGUCUCGGAGCGGGGAUGAAUCCUGCACCGCCUCCCAAGCUGCUCCAUCUGAAGGGCUGAGCAGGGUGCGUGCAGGCUCGUUGGUGCCAUGCGGAUGCCGUCGCCAUCAGGCAGCACUGCCCAUCCUACCCUGGGCAGGACCCCCGGUGCUGCCCGCUGCAGUUGGAGCAGCCGGUGGGACACCGGGAGCUCGUCAGGGAGCACGUGGGGCUGUGCAAGGCGGCCCUGGCCACCUGGCAGGGCCUUGCAAGCGAGAGUUUCUGUCCUUUAUUUUGCUAAU